AUGCCCGUCUUCACCGAAAAUGCAUCUUCCUCGCGAGAUCUAAGAGUCCUACCAUCUUUUGCAUCCCCACUACCUCGUCUCACUCCAACAUUCGAGCCAGAGAGCGAUCCAGAAGAGAAAUAUGAAGUCCUGGUUGUAGGCGCAGGCCCAUCUGGCCUGAUGCUCGCUCUCCUCCUCUCCCGUUACGGUUUAACCGAUAAAUCCCUCCUAUGCAUCGACGCGAAGCCCAGUACCCUUAAAUCCGGCCAGGCAGAUGGCAUCCAGCCCCGCACCCUAGAAGUACUCAAAACACUCGGCAUCUCCGACGAAAUCGAAAAUGAAGCAUGCCAAAUGUGGCAAUUUGCAUUCUGGAACCCAUCGUCUAACAAAGAGAAGAUUAUCGAGCGCACGGCCGUUGUCCCGGAGAUUAUUCCGGCUGCUCGCUUCAAGUAUGAGGCGACGAUCCACCAGGGUAGGGUUGAGCGGAUUAUGGAAACAGACUUACUUCGGUAUUCUACUCGAGGUGUCCUGAGAAAUACUAGCUUGAUCGAUGUGUGCAUUGAUGAACAGGGUGACGCAGAGUUCCCUGUUGUUGCCCGAAUCUCGGUAGAUGGUGUUGAGAAGGGGGUGCGGACUAAGCAUCUUGUUGGUGCUGAUGGUGCGCAUUCAGUUGUUCGGAGAUCUAUGGGGUUGAAAUUGGAGGGCGAGUCACUGGAUCAUAUCUGGGGUGUUGUGGAUUUGGUUGCUGAGACUAAUUUCCCUGACAUUCGCCGCCGGUGUGCGAUUCAUUCGCCUGCUGGAUCGGUUAUGGUUAUUCCGCGGGAGAGAAUUGUUACCGGUGAGUAUUUGACUAGGCUUUAUGUGCAUGUUCCUGAGACGGUGGUGCCGGAUGCGGAUCAGAUGGUGAAUGGUGAUGAGGGUGAAGGUGGCAGCUGUGAAGAUGCAAGGUCGAGGAGAAGUAAGAUCACCUUGGAAGGUAUUUUGAAGCAGGCUGCAGAUGCGAUGAAGCCGUAUUCCAUUCGUCCUAAGGAGGGUGCUGUGGAUUGGUGGGCGGCUUAUCAGAUUGGGCAGCGGGUUUCGCCUGAGUUCAUUGUGAAGGAUACGAAGGGGGUUGCCAGAGUAUUUAUCAGCGGUGAUGGUAUGUUCCGACCCGGAUGGAUCAAAGCCUGCCAUACACACAGCCCUAAGGCCGGUCAAGGCAUGAACGUCUCCAUGAUGGACUCCUACAAUCUAGCGUGGAAGCUGAUCUACCAUAUCAACGGACUCAACCCCUCAUCAUCAUCCGGUUCCCCAACCCCAAUCCUCGACACAUACCAAACAGAGCGCCAUGAAAUUGCACAACAACUCAUUGACUUCGACCGCAAGUUCUCAACAAUGUUCUCAGGCCAAAUGGGUGCAACAGAGGGCCUAACCCAAGAAGAAUUCCAGCAAGCUUUCAAGAUUGGCAACGGAUUUACUAGCGGCUGUGGUGUUGAAUAUCCUGAGCACCGGAAUCCGCUCGUUGUGCGAGAGGACCUGGACUGUAACUCGGAUAGCAGCCCUAUUCGAGGAACGGAUUAUCUAUCUGGAAUCAUACGGCCUGGACGACGGUUGCUGAAUGUGAAGUUAUUGAGACAUGCGGAUGGGUGGCAGCGGGAUAUCCAUGAUGAUAUUCCAUCCACAGGCCGUUUCCGACUCCUCGUUCUAACAUCAACAGACCUUCUUGAUCGGAAGAGUACCUCGGCAGAGACACUCACCAGAGUGAGUGAGCUUAUAUCUCGAUUUCCGGCUUCUGUCAUCGAGCAGAUUGUUCUCCACCCCGCACUUCACCGGCCAUUCGAUUGGGAUGAUAUCCCCGCGUGCGUAAAGCAGAAUGCGGAAAUGCGGUUCUAUGAUGGAUCGGCAUUGGAUGAUGCGUAUAGUAUCUAUGGCGUUGAUCCUGCAAAGGGUGCGCUGGCUGUUAUUCGGCCAGAUGGGUAUGUGGGGGUGGUGGUGAGGCUACAUGAAAUCGUGAGAGUGGAGGAUUAUCUGAAAAGCUGUAUUCGAACUAUUUGUGCGGUGUAA